AUGACAUUCUAUCUUGAAACCACUAGUUCCAGCCUUCCAGUUCUCGAAGCCAAAGAAGAAAUUGUACAUGCACAAAAUUGUGUUGGAUUAUAUUUUGACGACAAGAAGAGUCUCGAUUAUGCGAAUGGGACGUUAUACAUUUCCCAAAAACACGUUUUUUAUGUAGAUUUUCAAAACCCGAAAAAGAACUCUCUGAAAAUUCGCUUGUCCGAUAUAGUUGAGCUAAAUCACAGUUCACGGUAUUUUCGAUCUUCCCCAAAGGUUCAUCUCUAUCUUAAAUUUGUGCAAGAGAAGUGGGCUUGUAAAAUAUGCUUUUACAAUAAUUUAGGGAGUACCCUGGAUCCCUGCAUGAAUUGCGGCGUCGCAGGUCGAUUUCGUCUUUUGCAAGCAGAUUGCCAUCUCACUGGAGAAGAGAAAAGAAAAAAGGGAAUUUGUCCUACCUGCACUUUUCAAAACUACCCGGAUUUAUUGUUUUGCGAGAUUUGCGGUACCCAGCUCACUCGUUUACCCACUGCAGAGCAUAUUCAACUUUCCUUUCGAAAUGGUGGGUCUUCUAAGUUUUUUGAAGUACUCAAUGAACAGAGGCAGGAAUUAAUUGAAAAUAGGAGUAACGCCUUACAAGAUACUAAUCAUCUCAAGAAAAUAAUCAAUGAAAAAUCUCUACGAAUAGGAGGAAUUCAUGAUCUUCAGCAAUCUCAUGCCCUCAAACUUGCUCAUAAUGGGCAGACACUUGUUAGAGCAUUUCAAGAUUUAGACGCCUUUUUUUCGCUAACCCAAGAGACGAUGGAAUUGGCAGAUCAAUUCGUGGAGCGAAUACAAAACCUUGCCGGAUUUGCUAAGCAAUCAGAUCAAGUUCAGCAACUCUUGAAACGUACACAUCAGUUGGGUUUAUUGAGGAACAAUUACGCAAACAUGGUUUCUGACAACUCCAACGCGCGCUUAUUUCAGGUGGAGCUAUGUAAAAGUAUUUCUGAAUUAUUACUUAAUCAUUUAAAAUCCGAUACCGAUACCGUAACCAUGACCCAUGCCUGGGCUAUGUAUAACCGGGCUCGAAAAACUGAACUUGUUUCUCCAGCUGACUUUGCAAAAGCCUGCGAACUUUUUUCUAACCUUGACUUAGGAAUUUCCGUUUCCAAGUUAUCAUCUGGAGCAUUGUUAUUUCAGCUCAAACUUCCCAAUCAAAAAGAAAAAUUCCUCUCUGCCUUAAUGCAGACAAUGCAGCCAAGUAUAACGAUCUCACAAUGCGCUAUGAAGCUGCAUUGGUCUAUUGGAGUGACCAUGGAACAGCUUGAAUCAGCAGAAUCAGAGGGCUAUAUCGUAAGAGAUAUCCAUGAAGAUAUUGGAUUUGGAGUUCAGUAUUGGAAGAAUCAAUUUCAAUCUUUUGAGAGCGAACUAAGCCAUCUUCUAUUUUCAUCUCAAAACAACAUAUGA